AUGGCAUCAUCAACAAAUUCAGUUUUCUCAUAUACAACAAGUCAAAUUACAGUUUUCAAUGGUGAACACUAUGAUUACUGGAGUUCACAAAUGGAGACCAUCUUCCUUUCUCAAGAUCUAUGGGAUGUGGUUGAAGAAAAGUAUGAAGAGCUUUCAGACCAAAAAACAGCAGACUGGACUGAUGUUAAAGAGAAAGAAUACAAGGAGAAUGUGAAGAAAAAUGCUACAACAUUGAGGAUUAUCCAACAAGGAGUAAACAAAGCCAUUUAUCCCAGAAUCUUUGGUAUUAAAAAAGGCAAAGAGGCAUGGGAAACACUAAAGACUGAAUUUCAAGGAUCAACAAAGGUGAUUGCUAUCAAGUUGCAGUACUUGUGGAGUGAAUUUGAAAAUCUCACAAUGAAAGAAGAAACAAAAGAUCUCUCAAAGCUCACUCAAUAUGUGCUUAUGGGGUCUUUAGAAGCUCAUGAACAAAGAGUGAACAAAUACAACAACCAGCCAUCAGAGCAAGUCUUUCAAGCAAAGCAGAACUUAAAAAAUUCCAAAUCACAACAAGGAGGUCAAUACCGUGGACAACCUUCCAGCAGAGGUCGUGGUGGCAGACAAUUUGAAAUCAGUGACAGAGGAAAAGGAAGAAGAGAUUCCUCAUGGCAGUGCAAAAUUCCUAAUCAUUCUGAUAGGGAUUGUUGGCAUAAAAGGGAAAAUGAUGGCAAACAAAAUGCUAUUAAUUAUUCUGCAGAAGAUGAAACAUAUAAGUUGUUCUUGUCUGUGACUGAUGAUAUAAAAUCCGGUGAAAAAUGGUAUUUCGAUAGUGGUUGCAGCAAUUAUGUAACUGGAAACCAAAAUGCAUUUGAAGUUUUGGAUAAAAAUUUCUCAUCUGUGGUUGAACUUGGUGAUGGGAAGAAAGUGAAGAUUCAAGGAAAAUGUGCCAUAGCAAUCCACACAAGUGAAGGUAACAAAAAAGUCAUUGAUGAUAAAUCCGAGGCUUUCACUAUGUUCCUGCACUUUAAAGCUUUUGCUGAGAAACAAAGUGGCUAUGAGAUAAAGACUCUUCGAACAGAUCGUGGAGGAGAAUUUAUUCAUAAGCCAUUUAUUAACUAUUGCAAGGAACAAGGCAUUCAAAGACAGCUUACGAUCAGGUACACACCACAACAAAACGGUGUGGCAGAAAGAAAAAAUCGCACAACUGUGGAAAUGGCAAGGAGCAUGUUAAAAGGAAAGGAGCUUCCAAACAAAUUCUGGGCUGAAGCUGUUAGUAGUGCUGCAUACAUCCUAAAUAGAUCUCAUACAAAGGCGGUCCAAAACAAAACCCCUUUUGAAGCAUGA